AUGCAGAGCGAGCCCUGCGCGGACCGCGCCGGAGGCGCCGCCAUAGGCGGGCCCAGCGCAGGUGUCCCAAACGUCCGCGCGAGCCUCCGGAAGUCUGUGCCUCGUGCCGGCGUUUCGCCUUCUGUGGUCCUCGCCUCGUUCGUGGUGAUGCUUCGGGUCGAGGCCGCGGGCGCGGACCGCGAGGUGGCGCGGCCGGCCAGCCGGACACCCGCCCCGGUCGCCCUCGGAGCCGAGGGCGACCGAGGCGAGCAGGACGAGGGCGGCGGGGAGCCGCCGUUCCGGGAGGUCCCGGUGCCUGGGAACGCCCGGCUGCUGGAGUCCACGGGCUUCUCUGUCUUCUCGGGCAGUGCCAAGGGGGGCGAGCGCUCCCCAGCAGAUCUGAACUUCGACCAGAGCGCGCACCCGGACGACCCGCCCAGCGCCGUGGUGUUCCCGCAGUGCUUGGGCGUGUGGUUCAUGUCGACGGCCAUCUAUCCGAGGGGGCUCAAGCCAGCAUCGCCGGCCCUCUCGGAGGGGAUGAGCAACGGCAAGCAGACGGGCGGGCAGCGGGGCAGGGGGAACAAGGCCACCCGCGACGAGGCGACGGACACUACGGUGGUGACGCCGACCAGCGGCCAUGGCGCACUCCGGAUGCGGCGCGGCGUGUGCGGGGGCGUCGGCCGCACGCUCGCGCGGCGCCUGCGUCGGCAGACGCGCUGGGAGGUCGGCGAGAGCCGUGCGAGCGCCCUUGCGGGGUGCACGCAUGCUUUGAGGGAGGCACUGCGGGCGCAUUGGGUGUUAGCAGACCUCGCAGGCUGCCACUACCCAGCCAUGGGUGAGCAGGUGGCGAUGGCCCGACUCCUCGGGCUCGGCGGGGAAGUGGUGCUGCAGGCCGGGCUCGAGCUGGCAGACGGCAGCGGUGCCAGGCCAGCGGGAGCGCUGGCAUGGGCAGCCGAAGGCGCACCCAAUGGCGUGGAGUUCGCGCAAGACUGCUGCGACAUGCGUGCGCAGUGCGGCUGGGCCCCAGGAGACUGGAGCGGUGGCACAGGCGCAGGGCAAGGCGUUGCGUCGGGCAGCGACUCCGUCGGCGAGUGCGGCGAGUGCGGCGAGUACGCGAUGGAGAGGUAUUUGAUGGCGAAGGGGGCGGCCCUCCUCACUGGCUUCCGCGCGGGAACCGAGGGUGAAGGACCAGAAGGCUACGAAUCGUGGCGCCGGCGGACCUGGCGGAAGCCAGCCACGAAGCCUCUUUGGAAGGUCCUGGAGGAUGCCGUCGCGAAGCGGGAGGCCGCGAAGGCUGCCACAGUCGACGACGCAUCCAAUAAGGCGGACGUCGCGGAGGCGCGCGCGGAGCGCCGGCGCGCUGACUUCGCGGGGUUCGGGGCGCUGUUCGGCGGCGUUGACGGACCCGGCAGCGGGCAGCUCGGGGUCGAAGCUGGCGCGUUUCGGUGCCCGCUCGCGCCCGAGGCGGUGGACCACGACCUCGAGGAGGUCGUCGCGGUGGCGCGGCCGCCGCCGCGCCUGCGUGCCGACCUCGGGGGGUUCGGGGUGCUGUUCGGCGGCGUUGACGGCGCGCGGUGCGAAGGGGCCGCGGAGCAGCACGGCAGGGUCGCUGAUCUGGCCGUCGAGGCGGACGCGCGUCCCGUCGGCGGAGCUGCGCCUGCAGCUGUCUCGAAUUCGGCCUGGCGGCGGUCGCGCGCUGCCGUCUCCCACGCCUGGCUGAAGGAGCCGAGGGCGGAGCAGCUCGGGAUCGACGCUUGCGCGCCUCGAAGAUCGCGGACGCCCGAGGCGGAGGGCCACGACCUUGAGACCGUCUAUGGCACCAGCGAUGGCUUCGAGCAGCGCGCGCAGGCGGGCGGCGGCGGCAGUGCCGACGGGGCCGCAGGCAGUGGGGCUGGGAUGCGGUGCUCCUACGGUGUUUCGCCAGACGACGUCCUGGGUGGGAUGUGCGGGGCCGUGGCCCACGUGGAGGCCAUCGGCUGCGCCACCAUCCAAGUCUGCCCCUGGUCCUCCUCGCAGCCUCGUGACCCCGGCGGGGGGGCCGCGGAUCUCGUCUACGGGUUCUUGGCCCGGCUGCGGAAGAAGGCGGUGCACCAUUCCGUCAUCCCAGAGGGGCAGGUGAAUUUCAUAGAGCGCCUUGCCGUCCCUUCUGCAGACGUGGGCCCGCGGAUCCGACCCGCGUUUUUCAGUGGCUGCAUCUGGGCGCUUGGCUUCCUGUUCAUGAUCAAGGGGAUCACGCAGCUAGGAUUUGCCGUGGGAUACACCCUAGAUGCCGUUGGUCCCAUCGGCGUAGCGAGCGUUAUUUCGAUCUGCUUCUUCAAGGAGAUCACCGAGAGCGGGGGCCGUGGCCACGCCGCCAAAGCCAAGGCCGAGGCGCCCAAGCACGGGGGCGCGGGUGCACCCGCGCCCCCGGCCCGGGCCGCGGAGGCUCCCCCACCGAAGCCCUCCAAGACCGAGGCGAAGGGCGGGCACCAAGGCCAGGGCGCCAAGGCCGACGCCAGCGUGCCAGGGCCGGGUCACGAGCGCGCGGGCGCCAAGGCCUUGGCCGCGGCCGCCCCCCCACCGACGAAGCCCACCAGGGAGGGCGCGGAGCGGCAGAAGCCCGCCGAGGCAAGCGAGGCAGAGCCGGCAGGCUGCCUCCGCUUCCCUGGCGUGCGGCUGGCCGACGGCAAGGGUGGCGCAUUCGCCGAGGUGUCCGGCGGCAAGGGCAAGGGCGCGCUCGACGCGGACGCCUGCGAGGCGGCGUGCCGGUCGACCACGAAGUGCGAGCAGGCCAUUUUCUCCGCCAGCGCCAACACCUGCUACAUGUUCCAGGAGGUUUCGCGGAAGCUCGGCGACGGCGUCUUCGAGGCCGAGGAGAAGGGCUCCUCGGAUUACCACGAGUCCAUGUACUGCGGGGCCAACGCCACUGCGGCGCAGGAGGUGCAGCAGAGCAUCAACUCUGCCCUCCAGGAGGGGAAGCGCUCGGCGGGCUUCCUGCUGAAGCACGGCCUGGAGAGGUGGGAAAACGACUCCGCAGAGAAGCAGGAGGCAAUCAGGGCCGUGCAGCAGAACUGGGACGAGGCCGAGCGGAGGGCCAGCGAGACCCUGGCGAACCUGGGUGUCUACGACAAGGUGCCCCUGAUCCACGGGGAGGAAACGAUCAGCGGCUACGCCGGUUGGCUCUCGACCGGCAAUGCCGGCGGGGGCCCCUUGGCCAUGAAUGAUGGGCCACAGGGCUACAACGCCUACCGGAAGAACCUGGCGGGCACCGCGACGCAGCUCCCGGCCCUGCUGUGCCUGGCUGCCACCUUCGAUCCCGAGCAGGCGCGCAGGUACGCGAAGACCGUGGCCGCAGAGUUCGCCAUCAAGGGGUCCAACGUGCUCCUUGGGCCAGAUGUGGAGGUGAUCCGGGCCCCGCUCAGUGGCCGCUCCUUCGAGACGCUGAGCGGGGAGGACCCCUUCCUGGGUAGCGCCCUGGUCGGGCCGUUUGUGCGCGAGGUGCAGGACAGAGGCAUAAUUGCGACCGUCAAGCACUGGUUGGACAACAACCAGGAGGUGUUCCGUCAGUCCAUGAACGUGGAGGUCGACGACCGCGCCCAGCACGAGAUCUACAUGCCCGUCUUCAAGGCCGCAUUCGAGGCGGGAGCUGGCGCGGUCAUGUGCGCGUAUAACAAGGUGCGCGGAGACCACGCGUGCGAGAGCAACUACCUGCUGACGCAGCUUCUCCGGGAGGAGGUCGGUUUCCGCGGCUACGUCGUGAGCGACUGGGGUGCGGUCCACGACGGCAUCAAGGCCGCCAACGCUGGCCUCGACGUGGAGAUGCCCAACGGCAAGUACUUCUCGGGCCUCGACGUAGAGGGGCAGGCGGACCGCGUGCACCAGAUGGCCCAGCACGUGCUUGCCUCCAUGUACGCCUCCGGGCAGAUGGACGGCAAGUUCACCGGCGCCGGCGAGAAGGGCAAGGUGUGGGCGGUCUCCACCAACGGCUGGCACAAGGAGGUGGCAAAGGAGAUAAAUGUCGCGGGCACUGUGAUCUUGAAGAACAAGGACGGCCUCCUCCCGCUCGACGUGACGGGCAAGACCAUCGCCAUGGUGGGUAAGUAUUGCGACCAGGCCAUCGAGCCCGCCUACGGCCAGGGAAGCGUCUUCGCAGGCGGGGGCAGCGGGUAUGUGGAGACCACUGGGACGGUGACCCCCUUCGAGGGCCUCAUGGAGAUCGCGGGCAACGCCAGCACUGGCGCGGCGAAGAUCUGGGUGGCCGCCAAGCCAGAGGACGCGAAGGGCGCCGACGUGGCCGUGGUUUGCGUAGCGGCCCACGCCGAGGAGGGUUGGGACCGCGCGGAUGCCGAGAUGCCCGAGGCGUGGAACCUGCUGGCGCCCCUGAGGAAGAAGUUCCCGGCGAUGCCCGUCGUCGUGCUAGCUGUCACGCCCGGCCCGGUCACGACGGAUUCCGGACUGGGACGACCUCGCCGACGCCGUCGUGAUGAUGUUCAUGCCCGGCGAGCAGGUCGGCCCCGCCUUCGCGGACAUCCUCACUGGCAGGCAGGAGCCCACCGGGCGCCUCCCCGUCAGCCUACCCGCGAAGAAGGACCGAGAGCCGCUUCUCCUCGAAGCAGUACCCGGGCGAGUGCGAAGGUCCCAACGUCUCGAAGUGGUGCGAGUGGAUGA